CCCACUACUCCGGAUUUUGUCCCUCUUAGCCUCCUUUGCAAUACAAUGUCCUGAAAACCGAAAACAUCCCCUACCCUUGUCUCGCCAACCUCACAAUAGACUCGACAUUCUUAUGCAACCUCAAUAUUGACCCGAAAUUACCCCUCCCUUGCGUGAUUACAGACCCCCACUGCUUCGCAGAGCACACGAGCCGAUAGACCCCGCCUUAUAAAGAAAGACCACCAGGGAAGCCUUGGAAUAAUACAACAUGGCCAAAGAGAGCGACGCCCCUGCGGAUCCUUUUACGCCUCGCAAGCCGCAUGACCAGCCGCGUCGUCCCAUCUCCCACCAUCCUGAGUUCGGCAAGCCCUCACCCAUUCGCCCAGUGCACCAUCAGAGUCACCACCCCAGCAAUCCCUUCAAUGUGCCCAGACCGAACCAAUCACGUCCAGAACAUCAUAGACCACAACAGCGGCCGCAGAACCCUGCUCAUCAUGGUGCCUCCCAUUACCGUCCACCUACUACGCCAGGUCCUACCGCCAUAUCGACUCCCAGACGAGAUCAAUUUGAUCCAUUCAAGCCUGUUAGACCCUCCGCAUACAACAACAACCGCUUCUCCCGUCCAGUCAACGAUGAGGUCGUGGAAAUUCGGCGUCCUGAGAACUUCACGUUCAACACGCCCCGAGCUCCGAAGACAUUCUUCGCAUCGAAGCCCUCUGCGAUCAAGAUGAACAACGCGUCGAAAAACCUACAGAACUUUGUGGAUUUGACUGGUGAGGGUGGAUUCACACCAAGUGUGCGGUCUCGUAACACAGGGUUUGGCUCCAUGGACGUGAAUGGCUAUGUCGACACGGCCAAGGCAAAUGAAAAUAUCAAGGCUCUCUUAGAGGGAGCUUUCGAGGAAGAGGAUGAAAAGGAGACCAAAUCGAAGAGAAAGAAAAAGAAGGAGUCCUCAAAGAAGCAGGCGGACGUUGAUAUUGACGAUCUGGCCGCGCAAUUAGGAAGUGUGACCGUGCAGGAGCCCAACGCUGCGGACGAAAGCUCGGAUGAGGCAGAACUUGAAUCUGACAAGUCCCCUGUGAAGGAGACGGUCAAAGAAAUCGUUGAGGAGGUCACAAAGGAGGAAGACGUCAGCGAAGCUGAGUCGGAGAAUGAGGAGGAGGACGAUGAAGAAGAAGACGAGGAUGAAGAUGAUGGAACAGUGGAAGGCUUGAAGGUCAAACUACUGCCUCAUCAACGGGAGGGAGUUAAUUGGAUGUGCGACAAAGAGACAGGUCGAAAGAGGACCAAGGGAGUGCUUCCGAAGGGCGGAAUCUUGGCAGACGACAUGGGUCUUGGAAAGACUGUUCAAGCUAUUGCUCUGAUGCUUUCCAAUCGAAAGCCUGCCGAUGGACUCCGGCGGCCUUUGUCCGACGACGAAGAGGAUGAGGACAGCGGCGAGGAAGAAGAAGAGGACACUCGCAAGCUCCCGCCGGGUCUGAGCAAGUCAACUCUAGUUGUCGCUCCUCUGGCGCUUAUCAAGCAGUGGGAGUCAGAAAUCAUGUCCAAGGUCGAAUCUUCCCAUAGAAUGCGCGUGCUCGUAUAUCACGGCAAUGCACGGGCCAAAGCGACAGACAAUCUGGAGGACUACGAUGUCGUCAUCACCACGUACGGUACCUUGACUUCGGAGCAUGGUGCUAUGGAUAAGAACAAGAAGAAAUCGGGCAUUUUCUCUGUCUAUUGGUAUCGAAUCAUCCUGGACGAAGCGCACACUAUCAAGAACCGGAAUGCGAAAGCAACGCAGGCUUCAUGUGCUUUGAAUGCAGAGUACCGCUGGUGUCUCUCGGGAACGCCUAUGCAGAACAACCUGGAUGAACUGCAGAGCUUGAUCAAAUUCCUCCGGAUCAAGCCAUUUAACGACCUGGCAGCCUGGAAGGAGCAGAUCAUGAAGCCCAUAGCAAACGGUCGCGGAGGCCUCGCUAUCGAGCGUCUGCAGGUCUACCUGAAGAUCUUCAUGAAGCGUCGAACCAAGGAUGUCUUGAAACAGAACGCCAACCUCAAGCCCGGUGAGGACGGAAAACAGAAGAAAUCAUCUGGCUUCCAGAUUGUCAAACGAGAGGUUAUCAAGGUAGAAGCGGACUUUAUGCCGGGAGAGAUGAACUUCUAUCAACGCCUUGAGCAGCGCACAGAGAACAGUCUUGAGAAAAUGAUGGGUGGUGAAAAGGUCGACUACGCUGGGGCUUUGGUGCUGCUGUUGCGCCUUCGGCAAUCCUGCAAUCACCCAGACUUGGUCAAGAGCGAUCUUGCCAAGGACAAGGACAUUCUCUUGCAAGGUGCGCCCUCUAGCAGUCAACAAUCAUCUGCUAAGAAUGAUGAACUGGACAGUAUGGCCGAUCUUUUCGGGGCACUUAGUGUUGUGUCCAAGAAAUGCGACAUCUGCCAGAUGGCGCUUAGCAAGGAGGAGAUAUCCGACAGCAACAGCAGGUGUAAAGAAUGCGAAACUGCUUUGGACACUGACUUGACUAGCACUGGCAGCAAGAAGAACAAAGACGAUCAGAAGCAGUACAUUGAUCUGACGGAGUCUCCCUCAACCCGCCGUACGGAGGCGCAGGUUCGGUCCCGAAGAAAUCGAAGAGUAGUCAUGGACAGUGACGAUGAGGAUGAAGAGGACGGCGAAUGGCUCGUCCCAGAGAACCAGCGCGGAAAGUCGAGUCUUGGAACGGCUGGAGACACUGAUGAUGAAGACGCAGAGGGCGGUGAUUCUGACACCGAAUCCGACGACGAAGGACCUGAGUCGCCCUCCCGCAAGCCAACAAGCAUACGGAGCCGAAGCCGCGAAGUGGAGUCUGAUGAUGAUGACAUUUACCUGAACCCCGGUGAUGGUGAGGAUACUAUCCUCAGGCGCGAGUCAUCGGACCAUAAGUUCAUCGUCUUCUCAAUCGAACCGUUCUUGAAGCGUGCAGGAAUCGGAUACGCACGAUAUGACGGAGGAAUGCGCAACGACCUUAGAGAGGCCAGUCUCAACAAGCUUCGGAACAACAGUGGCACGAGGGUUCUUCUUUGUAGUUUACGUGCUGGUGCAUUGGGUCUCAACUUGACCGCAGCAAGUCGUGUGGUGAUCCUAGAGCCAUUCUGGAAUCCUUUCGUCGAAGAACAAGCCAUUGACCGAGUGCAUCGACUGAAUCAGACAGUAGACGUCAAGAUCUACAAGAUGAUCAUCAAGGGCACUGUGGAAGAACGUAUCCUCGAUCUGCAAGAUCGCAAGCGAGAGCUAGCCAACGUGACCAUCGAGGGCAAGACCGCCGCAGCCAAGCUGACGAUGAAGGACAUGAUGGCCCUCUUCGGCAAGGACGCCGAAUCACGCUACACAGGCGAUCGCAACCUCGACCUCGCCCAAACGACCAAGUUAUUGAGUUCCAGCACCGAUAGCCCGGGCUCCCCGUACACCAGCGAGACUCGGGAAUCCUCAGCCCCCCGUGACAAAAACCGUCAACAGACGAAACGCUCUUCUCGAGGUGAAGACUCGGUGUAUGGAAGACGGUGGUAAGCAUGAAGUACCGGAGCGCAUGGUGUGAUUCGGGGCUGGGGUCGAGUUGAGUGCAAUUGGGCGUUAUGCUGUGAAAGGACGGGGACAGACCAUUGGUUUAUUACAUCGUUCUAAUUUCGGGUUUCUUUUCAUCUUUCUUUUUUCUCUCACAAUGAGAUCAUUUCGGGAGUUUUAUUUUGUUACGAUAUUCUACCAGCCUAUGAAUUGGUUACUGGCGGAUUAUAUGAACUCUUACGCACAUGCAAUGAUUCAAAUGGACUUGAAUACUAUUUUCUUAUAUUCCAAGGCCUUAAAUAGGCACACCUUACC